AUGUGCGGGCGCGCGCGGGUGACGUGCACGGACGCGGACGUCGCCGCCGCCGCGGGGACGUCCGCGUUCGUCAACCGGGACCAGUACGAGCCGCGGUACAACGCGCAGCCGGGGGCCGCGGUGCCGGUCGUGCGGCUCGCGACGCCGAGCGACCGCGCAACACGGCGCGCCACCUCCGUCUCCGCGGAUCUCAGAUCGGCGUCGGAUGCAUCCGACGCGUCCGACCACGACGACGACGAACGCGUCGUGGACUACAUGCGAUGGGGCCUCGUCCCGUCGUACGCCAGCGACGAGUCCUCCCCGAACUUCUUCGCGAUGUUCAACGCGCGCGCGGAGACGCUCGCGGAGAAGCCCGCGUUCGCGCGCCUGGUAGCGACGUCGCGACGACAUCGACGCGGCGUCGUCCUCCUCGACGGCUUCUACGAGUGGCGCGCGGAGGGCGGCGCGGUAUCGCGCUCGGUGAAGCAGCCGUACUACGUCCACCUGACCGGCAACGACCGCGGCGGCGACGACGACGACGGUUCGAAUGCCGCCGGGGGUGACGGUUCGUCUUCGGUGCUGCUGCGGUGCGCGGCGGUGUACGACACGUGGCGGCCGCGCGUCGGACCGCCGCUGACGACGUGCGCGAUCGUCACCGUGGCGUCGUCGCGUAGGCUGCGAUGGCUGCACGACCGCAUGCCCGCGAUUUUGAGGACGGACGAGGAGGUGGAGCGGUGGCUGGCGGGAGAAGAGGGCGAUAAUAAUGGCGACGGUUCGAAUGCCGCGCCACGGGGUGUUGGUUCGUCUUCGAAGAAGGAGGAGAAGAGGGCGUCCGCGGUUCUGAAGCCGUACGACGGCGAGGACUUGCGGUGGCACGCGGUCACGACGGAGAUGAGUAAGAUCGAGUUUCAGGGGCCGAGAUGUUGCGAGGAGACGACGCCGAAAGUGCGUCAGAACGUGGGGAGCGUCGCGGAUUUGUUCCGCAAGGCGGCGACGGCGAGCCCGGCGCGCGGGGGCGAGGGCGCGUCGCCGCGGGCGAAUGCGCGCUUCUUAGAAGACGACGACGGCGGCGGCGAAGGCGACGGCGCCCCCGCGAAGAGGAAGACGCCGUCGUCGCCGUCGCCGUCGCGGCCGCGCGGGAAGAAACCCGCCGCUUCGCCUCCGGAUCAGCGCUCUAUCCACGCGUUCUUCGGGAAGAAACAGAGAGAGGGACGAUAG